AUGGCCUGUUCCUUGUGUAAUCAUUACUCUAUCGUAGUCACAGCUUUUGAGAUAAUACGCACAAUAAAUUACAAAAUUCCUAGGACAUCGUCACGCCACAGGAACAAUCAAGAAGUGCCCUUUACCGUCGAAAGGGAUUUGAAAUUAAUGACGUCAAUCUUAGCAAUCGAGCAUUAUACUUUAAUUAUGUUAGGCGCUAUCACAGUGAGUAAAGAAGUAUUUAAAGAAAGUAACGUUUAUUUAAAAAUAUAAUAAAAAUUGUGGUAUUGUAUAAAUUUAUUCAUAAAACUUCUAAAAUCAAAAAUUACUUCUAAAUAAAUAAAUUCUAUAUAUAGCUUCGCUUUGGCAGGAAUAUCCCAUGUUGCACGCUCCAUGGUUGCUCAUGCAACUCUGUGUCAUCAUUGUCGAGACCGUCGUCUUCUUCGUAAGAUUUUUCUUAGAUGGUUUGCACGUUAAACGCAACGAAAUAUUACAAGCAAUAUUUACCUUGUUCAAUUGGUUACAAGUUUUCUGCCUCUUUCACCAGCAGGCACGACGAGCCAUUUAAAAAUCUUUGUUUUUUUUAAUAUUAAAUUAUUAUACAUUUAUAUUCAUUUAAAAUUA